CUUUCAUUAUGAGAGUUCUGGUUCUGCAUGGUUUGAUCGCUGUGUGAAGGCGGAUCGGGAUGGAGACUGUGGAGAACGGUGACUCCAGCACUCAGGCGUCUGUGCAGGGCAUCUCUGUCCAUGAUUUCUCAGAGAAGAUCCUGGAGCAACUGGUUAAUUUCCACGUGAUGAAGCUGAGCGGCGGGUUCUUCCUCUGGAUCGGGUCCGGCCCGGUGCUGUCCAAUCUGGCCGUGUCCAUCGGGAGUAAAUAUGAUUCCUCGCCUCUUUCGACUCUGGUUCUGGGAGACACGUCCGACACGACCCCCAUCUCUCUCGCUCAGAGACUCACAAAGAAGACAAAGAAGCAGGUGUUUGUAAGUUACAACUUGCCCAUGACGAACUCGAAUCUGGCACUGCUGGUGGAGGACAGGAUCAAGAGGGAGAUGGAGCUUCAUCCCGACAAGUUUUAAACAUUCAAACUUUUUUUUUUUUUUUUACAUAGCUCAAUAAAUCUAAAGAGAAAAAAAAAUUCUGUCA